GUUCCAUACCCUAGAUGUGAGACUAGACUUCGAAGUCCACGAUCUGCCUAAUGUAUCACAUGACUUGGGUUGACAAUCAUGUGACAUUUGUUGACCUUAGUGCUGGGAGCAUACUGCUGCUAACAGUAACAAAUGGCGAGAAACGAGGAAAAACAACUUGGAAAAUUGAACAGAUUAUGGCUUCAAAAAGAAAGAGAUGAGGGCCGUAUCAAAGAUUUCCAUAAACCUAGACCCAGAUUGUCAACACUGAAUUCAGCUUCAGCCAUUAAAAAAUGGAUCCCCACCAUCAAGAGUGAAAUAGAGUAUUACCUGCAGCAGUCCCAGCUGUCUCACUACCCGGAGAGGAAGAUAGCAGAGUUCCAGCUAAGCAUCCAGGGGCUGGAGCAAGAGUACCAACGCUUUGUCUGUAAACUGCGAGCACUUGAUCCCACCUGUAAACACCAGCCCUGGACACCCAGAGCAUACACCAAGAGGAGAGCAGACACACACACCUGUCUGAUCACCGCCAAGAAACGACUCAGUCUUCAGUCAUGUGAUCUGAGCAGCACUGUGGGCGGAAAUGAGUGGAACUGUGUCAAUGAAAGAACAGGAAUUGAUGCAACCUCUGCCUCUGACAAGCAGAGAAACCUCCAACAGACAGGGAUGCUCCUCCACCCAUUUCCAGUUGGCUGGACUAAUGCCUAUCCAGUAGAUUCAGAGUCCACCAGGCCAACCCAGGAUCAGGACCAACCCCUGACAUUUGAUCGUACCCGUCUUGAGGUGGCUGUAGCUGGGUCCCGAGGCCCUGUACAACCAGGGUCCUCUCACACACAGAGCCUGGCCAGGGUGCUUCUCUCUGGCCUACCCAACCUCCACAGUUCUCCUCUUGGACAAGCAAUUGCUGCACAGAAUCAGUGCAGUACAGGGAGAGAGGGGCUAGACUGUGCCGGGACAGAAGUCAUCCAUUGCGUGGUUAAGGAUGAGGAACGGACAGGGCAUGUAGUGGAACUAUGCUGCUACUCAUCCUCAGAUGAGGAAGAGAACACAUGAAAUGACUCCAUCUGCCUGCCUGGGACAUCCUCAUCUCCAUUUCUUGUGACAAAUUUCUUAGUGAAUUUUUUCAAUUCAGAAUAUAAAACAACUUCAAUGUGGCUCAAAUGUAUAAGAGCCAUUCAGACAUUUAGUCCAUUUUGAUGAUGGGAUGAUAUAUUUUUUUUGUGAAAGUAGAAUUACCUGGUACUAUAUCAUGAGUAACUAAAUUUGUAUCUGUUAUUUCUGAUUUGUAUGAAAUAGCAUUAGCAAAAGGCUACAGAUUAUUCAAAGACUGGCACAUUUCUCUUUUGCUCAAAGUGCUUGUAAAGGAUCAGAUUACAUGAUUACAUUUGAAGAAAAAUUUGCCUGAUUUGAUUUACUUAUUAAUGUGGACGCAUCCCCAUUUUCUUCUGUGUUAAUAAUUGUCAACCAGAAUUCAGGCAAAAAGAGGGCCCUUAAUUAUAUUGUCAGAAAACUGCAGAACUUUCUCUUGUACACCAAGGACCAAAGGAGAAGUUGCAGAUGCGAAAAGCAACACAAAGAGAGCAACUUCCAAAGUGUUUUAAGUGAGAAUCAGUUGGAGACCCCUGAUUCAGAACAUAAAACAAAGAGAGCAGAUGACCGGUGGAGAUGAUGAGGGUGACAAUGUGGUGUUCUACAUUUCAGGAGAGAUUUAGCUGUCAGUCUGGCGUGUCAGUUUCAGUCACCACCGCAGUUCAGCAGCUCUGUGGUGCUGACAACUCGUUUGGAGAAGAUGUGCUGACUCAGCAGAGUGGUUGUCUUUCAGUUUGCCUGUUCGGAUGCAGCGUUUGACACAGCCCACGGGCCCACCCGGUGGGUACUCUGUCAGUGAGACACUUCUGGGAAACAGAGGCGUGUUAUGUAGUAACUAGGAACCCAGAACAGGGUCUUUGGUUAGGCUGACGUGACGGCGGUGAGGUUCCCGGGUUAGUCAACACAGUUACUGGCGAUCAUGUAACCUGCGCACGCGUCCCGUCGUUCAGCCUGGAUUCCCCUGAGAAUUAGGACGCAAGGCAAUGAAGGGACACGUUGGCUUUCCCCCGAGAAGUAUUCACCACAGAAACUGUUCCACAUUAUGUUGUGUUGCAACAUGAAAUCGAUUGAAUGAGGAGUGUUUGCCCCUAAUCAACCAGAAGUACAGGCUCAGUGUAAAAUGUAAAUAAAAACAGAAUGCAA